CCCCCAAAAAAAAAAAAAAUGGACCUUCUUGCUCGCUUCACUAUAGUUGCCUGUUUCCUUCUUCCUAUCCUCCGGCCAUCCCUUGCUCUUGAUUCCCUUCCCGAGUUGCAGUUCAUCAGGGACAAUGGAACCACCUUGGUUUCAAAAGAUGGAACCUUUGAACUUGGUUUCUUCACUCCUGGUACGUCUAACAGACAUUACCUGGGUAUUUGGUACAAGAACAUCCCGGUUCAAACCGUUGUCUGGGUUGCAAACCGCCUCAACCCAAUCAACGAUUCAUUUGCUACCUUAACCAUGACCACUUCAGGUAAUCUUGUCCUUUCCCAUAACAACACUGUUCUUUGGUCUACAAAUUCCACAACGCAAGCAGAGAGUCCAACCGCCCGCCUCUUGGAUUCUGGAAAUCUGGUGGUGAUAGAUGAGGCCGGAGCAGACCCAGAAGCAUAUUUAUGGCAGAGCUUUGAUUAUCCAUCUGAUACGUUAUUGCCAGGUAUGAAAUACGGAUGGGACUUAAAAACAGGCAAGCAAUGGUAUUUAACAGCUUGGAAGAGCCCAGAUGAUCCGUCUCCUGGAGAAUUUACUAGUGCUGUGGUGCUCCACAACUAUCCGGAUUCAUAUAUAAUGAAGGGAACCAAAAAAUUUUACCGAUUUGGACCUUGGAAUGGCGUUCGCGGGAGUGGUGGUCCUGAAAUAAAGCCCAACCCUGUUUUCGAAUACACCUUCGUUGACAAUAAGGAUGGGUACUACUACAUGGACCUUAUCAAUAAUAAUUCUGUCUUGACAAGAUUGGUGUUAAACGAAACAGACUCUGCUCGGUAUCGUUAUGUAUGGCUGGAAAAUAUCAAAACAUGGCAAGUUUAUUCGACGAAGCCAAUAGAUUACUGCGAUACUUAUGGCCUCUGUGGACCAAAUGGGAAUUGUAUCAUUACUGAAUCGCCUGUAUGCCGAUGCUUAAAUGGUUUCACGCCUAAGUCCCCACAACAUUGGAAUUCGGUGGACUGGACUGAUGGAUGUGUGCGAGAUAAACCUCUUAACUGCUCCGACAAAGACAAACAUGGUUUCAUUAAAUUGAUGGGCAUGAAGGUGCCGGACACUACGCUGUCUUGGCUUGAUCGCACAAUGAAUCUAGAGCAAUGCAGACGCAAGUGCUUGGAGAAUUGUUCUUGCACGGCCUAUACCAAUUCAGAAAUCAGAGGGGGAGGUAGUGGUUGUGCCUUAUGGUUUGGUGAUUUACUUGAUGUCAGAUAUUAUGCGUCUGGGGGGCAAGAUCUAUAUGUUCGAAUGGAUGCUUCAGAAUUAGAAUCUGAAAAUAAAAAGAAGGUGAUAAUGAUCGUUACCAUUACCAUUGGUGUAAUUUUUGGCGUACUUUUUGUUGGGGGCUGUAUCUUCUGCAGAGUUCGCAGAAAGAGAAAAGCUAACAUGGAAGAUGUAAAAGAUGAUGUUCGAGGCGAUGAGAAUCCACAGGAUGAUCAAGAUCUCCCCUUGUUCGAUCUUGCAGCAAUAGCAAAUGCCACUAAUAACUUCUCCAAGAAGAACAAACUUGGAGAGGGUGGCUUUGGACCUGUAUAUUGGGGGAAAUUAUUGAAUGGACAAGAAAUUGCAGUAAAGAGGCUUUCAAUAAAAUCAAGACAAGGAUUGGCGGAGUUUAAAAAUGAAGUAAAAUUUAUUGCAAAACUCCAACAUCGGAAUUUGGUGAAACUUCUCGGCUGCUGCAUCCACGAGCAAGAAAAAAUGUUGGUGUAUGAAUACUUGCCCAAUAGAAGUUUGAACUCCUUCAUUUUUGAUGAAGCCAAAAGAGAGUUGUUAGAUUGGUCUAGACGUUUCCACGUUAUUAUAGGAAUUAGUAGAGGUCUUAUGUAUCUUCAUCAAGAUUCAAGAUUGAGAAUCAUUCAUAGAGAUUUAAAAGCAAGUAACGUUUUACUUGAUGACAAGUUCAUUCCAAAAAUAUCAGAUUUUGGGUUAGCUAAAACUUUUGAAGAAGAACAGACAGAAGGCAAUACAAACAGAGUAGUGGGAACUUAUGGAUACAUGGCACCAGAGUAUGCUGCAGAUGGAUUAUAUUCAAUGAAAUCCGACGUCUUCAGUUAUGGCAUAUUAGUGUUAGAAAUUAUAUGUGGAAAGAAAAAUAGAGGGUUUUAUCUAGAAGACUCCAAGCACAACCUUAUUGGUCAUGCGUGGAUACUGUGGAAUGAAGGAAGGGUUCUAGAAUUAAUUGAUAAGAACAUAGAGGAGACCUGCAAUGUAUCAGAAGUAUUAAGGUGCAUUCAUGUGAGCCUUUUGUGCGUGCAACAAAAUCCAGAAGAUAGACCCACCAUAGCAUCUGCAAUUGUGAUGUUGGAAAGUGAAAUCGAACUUCCUAAGCCUAAACAGCCAGGUUUCUUUCAUGGAAUGGAUUCAGUUCAACCUCACACUUCCAACUCAAGUCAGAAGGAACGAAGCUCAACCAAUGAAAUGACAGUGACCUUACUUCAAGCCAGACUCCUCGGCUUCAUUCCACUUUUCAUGGGCCUUCUUCCUUCCUUGAGUAUCUUCAUCCUUUUCAUUCUUCCCUAUUUCAAGCCUUCCACAGCAGAGGAUUCCCUUCGUGGGUCCGAGUCCCUCAGGGACAAUGGAACCACCUUGGUUUCGAAAGAUGGAACCUUUGAACUUGGUUUCUUCACUCCUGGUACUUCCAACAAACGUUACCUUGGCAUUUGGUACAAGAACAUCCCGGUUCAAACCGUUGUCUGGGUUGCAAACCGCCUCAACCCAAUCAAUGAUUCAUCUGUUGCCUUGACUAUGACCACUUCCGGCAACCUUGUUCUGUCCCAAAACAACACUGUUCUUUGGUCAACAAACUCCACUGCAAAAGCACAGAGUCCAACCGCACGGCUCUUGGAUUCUGGAAAUCUUGUGGUGAUGGAUAAGAGCGGAGAAGACCCAGAUGCUUAUUCAUGGCAAAGCUUUGACUAUCCUUCUGAUACGUUAUUGCCAGGCAUGAAAUAUGGAUGGGACUUGAAAACUGGUAGGCAAUGGUAUUUAACGGCUUGGAAGAGGCCAGAUGAUCCAUCUCCCGGUGAUUUAACUAGCGUUGAAGUGCUCCAUGGCUAUCCCGAUUCGUAUUUGAUGAAGGGGAACAAAAGAUUCUAUCGAUUUGGACCAUGGAAUGGCUUUCAUGGGAGUGGUGGUCCUGAAAUAAAGCCCAACCCUGUUUUCGACUUCAUCUUUGUCGACAAUAAGGAUGGCAUCUAUUACAUGGACCUUUUGAAUAACAAUUCUAUAUUGACAAGAUUGGUGUUGAACCAAACACAAUCUGCUCGGUAUCGUUAUGUAUGGCUGGAAACUGCAAAAACAUGGCAGGUUUAUUCCACCAAGCCUGUAGAUUACUGUGAUACCUAUGGCCUCUGUGGACCAAAUGGGAAUUGUAUUAUUACUGAAUCGCCGGUGUGCGAAUGCUUGGGAGGCUUCACCCCUAAGUCGCCACAAAACUGGAAUUCGGUGGACUGGGCAGACGGGUGUGUUCGAAAGAAACCUCUGAAUUGCUCAGAAAGAGACAAAGAUGGGUUCAUUAAAUUCAAAGGCUUGAAGGUGCCAGACACUACGUUUUCUUGGCUUGACAGGACAAUGAAUCUAGAGCAAUGCAAAAGGAAGUGCUUGGAGAAUUGUUCUUGCACGGCCUAUACUAAUUCAGAUAUCAGAGGGGGAGGUAGUGGUUGUGCCUUAUGGUUUGGUGAUCUAAUUGAUGUCAGAUAUUAUGCGUCUGGGGGGCAAGAUUUAUAUGUUCGAAUGGAUGCUUCAGAAUUAAAAUCUGGGAAUAAAAAGAAGUUGAUAAUGAUCGUUACUAUCACCUUUGGUGCAACUUUUGGUCUGCUUUUAGUUGGGGGCUAUAUCAUCUACAGAGUCCGCAGAAACAGAACUGCUAAAUCAAAAGAUGUGAGAGAUGAUAUUCCAUACGGUGAGAGUCCAGAGGAUGAUCUAGAUCUCCCCUUGUUUGAUCCGGCAACAGUAACAAGCGCCACUGAUAACUUCUCCGCCAAGAAUAAGAUCGGAGAAGGUGGAUUUGGACCUGUUUAUUGGGGAAAAUUAUUGAAUGGACAAGAAAUUGCUGUGAAGAGGCUUUCAAUAAAAUCAAGGCAAGGGUUGGUGGAGUUUAAAAAUGAAGUAAAAUUUAUUGCAAAACUCCAACAUCGAAAUCUGGUGAAACUUCUCGGCUGUUGCAUCCAUGAGCAAGAAAAAAUGUUGGUGUAUGAAUACAUGCCAAAUAAAAGUUUGAACUUCUUCAUUUUUGAUGAAAGCAAAGGAGAGUUAUUAGAUUGGUCUAAGCGGUUCAAUAUUAUUUUGGGAAUUGGUAGAGGUCUCAUGUAUCUUCAUCAAGAUUCAAGACUAAGAAUUAUUCAUAGAGAUCUAAAAACAAGUAACAUUUUACUUGAUGACAAGUUGAUCCCGAAAAUAUCAGAUUUUGGGUUGGCUAAAACUUUUGGAGAAGAACAAACAGAAGGAAAUACAAAUAGAGUAGUUGGAACAUAUGGAUACAUGGCACCCGAAUACGCUGCAGAUGGGCUAUAUUCAAUGAAAUCUGAUGUUUUUAGUUAUGGCGUAUUGGUAUUGGAGAUUAUAUGUGGAAAGAAAAAUAGGGGCUUUUAUCUAGAGGACUCCAAACACAACCUUACUGCUUAUGCAUGGAUACAGUGGAAAGAAGGAAGGUCGUUAGAAUUGAUUGAUAAGAACAUAGAGGAAACUUGCAAUGUGUCAGAAAUAUUAAGAUGCAUUCAUGUGAGCUUAUUGUGUGUGCAGCAACAUCCAGAAGAUAGGCCUACAAUAGCAUCUGCAGUUCUGAUGUUGGAAAGUGAAGCUGAACUUCCUGAGCCUAAACAGCCAGGUUUCUUUCAUGGGAAGGAUUCAAUUCAACCACACACUUCCAGUUCAAGUCAAAAGCAACGUAGCUCAACCAAUGAAGUCACAAUAAGCUUACUUGAAGCCAGAUGAGUUUGAUAAUGUUAAGCAGCAAAUUUAUGGGAGCUAUGUUUUAGAAGGUAGAAUUAAUGACCCUGGAGACGAAUGUAGAUAUUGGGUUUUGGGCUCACCGGAAAUUAGAAAACAGAGACGGCAGCAUAAGAAAUAGAUAAUACAAGUUUAGAGGUGUGCAGAGCUCGUUGCAAAUUAAACAAGGCGUUGCUUUUACAAUAUAAAUUCAGCUACUUUGUUAGAUAUCAUACAAUUAGUUUAAGUACUUUUUUGGAUUAGUUA